ACGACAGUCGAGUGCAUAGAGAGAACAGACUGCUAUCCAAACACUUUUGGUCAGAUGACGGUGUUUAAAACAGAAUGUGAUCAGUGCCCGAAUGUAAGAAUUCUCUAAUAUUAAACUAUUGCUGAGUUUGUAGGAUGGACAGUAAGGAAAUUCGUCAGUCAGUCAAUCAGUCAGGCUGUCGACAUACAGUAAACACACGCAAAUACGCACCUAGUGGAUUUAGAAACUCCUGCUAGAAAUUUGCCAUUUAAAUACCCAAAACUACAAGAACCUGUUAAGCUAAUCAAGAUCAAGCAUGUUCUUAUAUGUGGGUUACAGUUAAAUGUGAUAAACAAUUUAACCAAGGAUUGUAACUUGGAGAUUGUAAAAUGUAGUUUAACAGGAAUAAACUGUACCAAACUGAAUAUGAGUUCGGUAACCAGUUUUGUCAGGGUUAUAAUAAUACAACUGCGAAUCAAUACCGUAUUUUUAAGGAGGAAACUCAUGUUUUUUUUAUUUUUCUGUAAACUAACAAUGUAUUAUCUCCUUCAUAAAAGUUAAGAACCCAAUGAAGAACCUACUUAGCCUAAAUUGCCAACAAAUACACCAAAAUACAUGAACUUACUUUGUCAGACUUCAAAAGAAGUAGGGUCUUACUGUAUCGGACAGUGACUACAAGAGCGCUGGGAGAUUCACUCGCGCGCACUUAUUAGAACUGAAAAAAUCUUGUUCUUGUAGUCGUCCUCGUCUUAGAAGGGACCUUACGAUCCGACAACGGCGACGUCCGUGAAAACGUCGCUGAAAAAUAGACUUUGCAUCCGUUUUAACUUUUUCGCGAUUAUCACAAGUCGCCCUGUUACUUAAAAGAAGGGAAUUUUUGUUGGACCUGAAGACAGGGGACUGCGCCCGAGUUCAGAGAGAGAUUGUAAAAUAUAUCGCCUUCCCGUUCCCGUUCUCAAGUAAACUUAAAAUUUGGUCAUUUCACGUCGUAGUUGUGCAGGGACAGCAGGGAAAUGUACAAAAAAGCGUGAUGCACGUGCAGAGUUGUUUUUUUUUUUGCUUAUUAAAUCUAUUGCUUUUUUGAAGUUCUCCUUGCCGUCGCCGUCGUUGUUUCGUAAUGUCUCAAGAAUCUAAAGAUCGCGCACUUGUUAAAAUUGAAAAAUUCUAUAAAAGAUUAUGAUAUUAUCUUUAAAAUAAAUUAUGAUUAUGAUUAUGAUUAUUAUUAUUAUUACGACACUUCUUCAACUAUUUUCUUUUCAUAUGCGGUGAUGGCAAUCGGUAUUUAAAGAUUGACUUUCUUCUUCCAUAGGGAACAGUUCGACCAGACAUGACCGAGGAUGUUUGCUGUCCUCCAUGCGGUAUGUGCGAUUAGCAUUUUACUCUUAAAAUCAGCUUGCAUUGUCUCCACAUCGUUCUCUCUUGUCUUUCUAUGGCACUGAUAAGGAGAAUUUAUAUAACAAUCAGUACCUUUCUCUGACCCCAGUUGAUCAAAAGUUGGAUAGCGCUAUCCAGUGGAUAAAUCACUAUCAAGUGGAUGACGUAAUCAGUUUUUUCGGGCGACAAGAGGAGCCCGCAAUCCUAAUCUCCGAGCCUGCGUAGCAGGCGCUUGGGAGUAGCGGGCGAAAGAGAGAACGGGCGCGCGCGAGGGAGACACGCAAGGGGUGACUCCUUCUCGCGCGCCCGUUUUUUCUUGUGCCCACUACUUCCAAGCGCCUGCUGCGCAGGCUACUAAUCUCCAGGCUGUUAUAACGUAUGAGUCGCAUGUAUGUAGCCAGCAUUCGUUUUGGACUAAGAGUGAAUGGAGUGCACAGAAGGCAAUUUGACCACGCGCGUUUGGACCUUCUUUCAGUCGUAACCCGAUCACGCGUGUUUUUACUAUCUGUCACGUGAUCUUUACGCAAAGCACAGCGAUUGAGCGAAAGCGUUUUGACUUUUGAUCGUUGUCGCCUGCAGUCCGUAACUUUUGGUUAUUACUGGUCGUAAUACUUAUCCCACUGGAUAGCGAUUUAUGUGAUGGAUACCACUAUCCAACUUUUGAACAACUGGGGCCUGGUGUUCAUUUCCUAUAUUUUCAUGCCCAAAGUGUUUGAUGGGGUAAAUUCGCCUCUGGUCUUUAUGUCUAUUUUGGCGCUAAACUUUCAGAGUAUUUAUCCUUUCAUGGAUGUUACAAUAAGAGUAUGACAAGUCUUGGAGAAAGAGGCGAUAACACUGUUAUUUUAAUGUUUUUCUUAAUAAUUGGGUUGUUUUUAAACUUGUUGACGGGUUUUUGGUAGAUGGCAAAAUUUUUUGUCGUUUUGUUUCUCUUUUCUUUCGCUGCAUGUUGCCAGCAUACAGUUUCGAACCCAGACCUAAUAGCUGCUUCGCUUGGUUUGGCGGGCUCAGCGAUGAUCUUCGGUUUAUCAAUAAACGGUUGCGCGCGCACUUUAAAAGCCAGUUGAAGAGAAAGGAAGGUUAACUAGUUGAGAAGUUCGGGCGGCAGCGACGUCAAAGGCUUGACGCGAUUUAGGCCGAUCCUCUUUUCCUGGAGGGAUCAUUAUCCGUUUCUGGGAACUACCCACCUACCCCUCCCCUAAGCUAACAUUUUGCCCUAAGUGAGAAGUAAGUGUUAAUGUUGGCUUAGGGUAGGGGUAAAUGGGCAGUUUCCCAGAGACGUAUAUUGAUCCUGGAGGCGUGUGUAGCCGAGCGGUUAACGAAAUAUAUAAAAUGUCAGCAAGUCCACAGCAACAAACCAAUGAGUGGUGCCGGAUCUCCCAGUUGUAGACCUGGAUCAGUACAAUUAAACUUGUAAAAAAUUAUGAAACGGCAACCAGAUCCUUACGGCAAGGCGAUGAAGAAGUAAACAAAAGCAUAAAACAAAAAAAAUAUAUAUUUUUUUAUAUAGGCCAGUAAGUGAACCACUCAAAUCCUGAGUGCAUAGGUGUUUAAUACAAACUUUUUUCGUAGGCCACCGAAAAGAUGACCCACUCAUCAGCUAAACUCCAUUAUAAAACUGAAGCGUUAGGGUCUACAUCAACAAUAUGAUCGCGUGAUGAAAACGGUUCAAAUUUGUUUAGAGAAGGAACUUUACUCCACUUUGUCUCCCUUCACUCAGGUGUAUCAACCUUGUCCCCAGGGCUUUUCCCUCAAAAAAAAAUAAAAAGCCCUGGGGACGAGGUUGUCAGGUGUAUAAAUGGAUACCAGCAUUAAUACCAGCAACAUACUGCUGGGGGAUAACCCUGCGAUGGACUAGUAUGCCGUCCAGGAGGGUAGCAAUAAUCCUAAGGCAUGCUUCAUGCUAAGGAAAUGCCAUGUCAUGUAAAUCAACCGCGAAAAAUAAUUCUCCAGCCUAAAUACAUUUGAUAUUGAAUCAGUGAUGAAAACCAGUAGCAAACUGAAUCAAUGUAUUUGGCAUUGACUUCUGGAUUUGACCUUGUCGGAGAGUGCGGCAAUAUGGGCCUUUGUACCAAAAGUGAACUCUAAGUAACGCCCUGAAGGCUGGUUUUCACUAGCGACUGAGUCGGAGUCGGAUUCGGGAUCGUAAGUGGAGUCGUAAGAGCGUUUAUGACUUCGUGAAAAUCAAAAAUUGGAUUUUUAAGCAGAAUCAUAAGCACGACGGAAUCGGAGUUGGGAGAAUUAGAACGUUUCCAUUUUCUUCGGACUCCGUUUAUGACUCCGUCGCUUGUUGGCUCAUUGGAGGGGUCAGGUGUCGGGGGAGGACACCUUUUGACUCAGGGGAGGGGUGGGCGGUCAGUUACAGAGUAACCUCAAUUGAUCCUUUUUUCAUGACAAUUUUUCGGAUCAAUUUUAAAAGGUUUCUAGGAAACUGCCCACCUACCCCUCCCCGAACCCAACAUUUUGCCCCAAGUGAGAAGCAAAUGUUAACGUUGAGUAAGGGGAGGGGUAGGUGGCCAGUUUCACAGAAACUUACAUUGAUCCAAUUUUUCUUACAGAGGGCAUUCCAGUAAAUAAAACUCUGACGGGUGAACAUUGCAAACUUCUACCGCCAGUUGAGAAAUAUGUUAUGGCAGAAAAAUGCAUAUCAAUAGACAAACAAAAUGUCACUACGUGCGGAGGCAACUGCCCGUCCUCGGCGGAGGCCUCAGCUGGAACAGAGCCCUACGAUCCCACCUGCAACUGCUGCAAACCUGUAAGUUACGAGAGAUCUAAUAUCACUGUUAGAUGCCCAGAUGGAAAGGAAAUGCAAGCGGACUUCUAUACAAUAACGGAAUGCGAGUGCAACGAGCUAACGUGUACAGCUACCAUAUCACAUAAUCUCGAAAAAGAAACGGACGCGAAAAGCAAGACGGAGAUCGUCAACGACGCCAACAAGAAACGCAGGCGCAGAGCUUUAUCACGGUUGUUUGCACUUCCUCCGUAA